AUGGCGGUUGCGUAUUAUUUCUUCCAGAAGGAUAACAAGGAUGAGAGGUCUGUCAACAAAGCACUUCGAGCUGUGAUCUGGCAAUUGACACAGCGCGAUGCAGUCUAUCAGAAAUCUGUUGCUGGAGCUUGCGACAAGCCAGAGGAAUUUGGAAACACCUUAGAACUAUGGAGGCAACUGAUUGUUCAAUUCUCCACCAAAAUCGAGGUAACUAUCUUUAUCAUCCUUGACGGUAUUGACGAGGCAAAAGCGGAGACUGGUGACCCUCUUAUCCAAAUCCUUCGUGAAGUUUCUUUGUUUGCUGCUGAAAAACGACCGUUGUCUCUAAGGCUACUCAUAACUGGGAGACCGAUGUCAUUUUUAGAAAUCAACAAGACACCAAACAUCGCCAUGUCUACAAUUCAACUUGGAACACGAAAUACGGAAGAUAUUCUCAAGUUCGUGGAGCUGCGACUAGAUACCAUGGAAAUCUUUAAGAAAUCGGACCAACCGGACAUUCAAGAACUCAACGAGCGUAUUCGCACUGAGCUUACUCAUGGCGCUCAGGGAGAUUUCUUUAAACUUAACUACAUGCUCACGGAAAUUAGCAAGAAAAGAAGGAGGAAGGAGAUUGAGGAAGUUUUAGAGCAUGCUGACGAGGACCGUCAAGCCACAAUUGCCCGUGAAAUAGAGCGGCUUAGGCAGGCUCUUGGAGAUGAAGACAUUGAGGAUCUAAACGAAGUUUUAAUUUGGGUCAUUGGUGCAAUGGUAUGGCCGCUACUAACGACGCUCGAAAGUGCCUUGUUUAUUAAAAACGGUGAAAGCUCACUGACACCUUUGGAAAACCAAGUUCGGGAGAAAUAUUCCGCCCUCCUAGAGGUAUCAGAAUAUCAAACCCUCGCAGUUACGUCCCAAUCUAUCAUUGAGUACUUCCGCGCAAAGGCUCAACAGGCAGCCGAGGAUAAGGCUACGCACACUGCACUCCAUGAGUCAGAGAUUGCCAUUGUUAAAAGAUUCUUACGCAACUUCUGUGACGACGAGCUCUUUAACAAGUUCGGGUUUGAAGAAUUUUUUCAGGAGAAACUGAGCCAUAGAAAUACCUCAAUCCAUGCUGACUUGGACAAUAUGGAUUUACACAUUCUUCUCUCACUCCUCAAGGCUAUUUGCGGUGAACUAAGAAGCGAAGUGUUCACACUGAUAGAGUACACCUGCCCUCAGAGCACCAUUGGCUCUCAACUUAUUAAAUUAUUCACGGAGGAAGAAUAUGUUGACCGGUGGUGGACGCAAGACCGCAUGUGGAUGCGGACUGGGUGGGUUUACAACGAUGAGUAUUGUUCUAUUGUUCUGAGGUGGUUUAAGUAUUCCGCCGUCGUCAAAGGUCUCACUGUGGAACAAAGGGAGUGGGUAAAUGGGCUUAAUUCAUCCUCGCGUCCCAAUGAUGAUCUUCUUAAGCCCAUUGCUAAAAUUAUGGCCAAAAGGUGGCUACAAGUUUGCGGCCUGUGGUUUGUGGAGGAUAUAUAUUGGUGGUUACUCGGGUGUGUGACAAAGGUCAAGGAGCGAACGGGAGAAGGCGAGCGAGUUACUAGCGAUGUUUCGCCGACUUUGGAGCAAAUCCUCGAGGUGGAGAAGUGGGCAAUGAAGGAGCUUGGUGUAACAGAGCAAGAUUCAUUAUGGACUGUUCGAAUGGCAAUUACAUUUCGUCAUUACGGCUUUUACCAGCAAGCCAUAGAGAGAAGCACGAUAUCCAAGAACCUUGAUUCGUCAUCUAACUGGCGUGCACCAUUUUGUCUGGCCCAAACGCACGCUUUGCAGGGGAGAUACAAAAUGGCCCUUGAGACUUUGGAGGAAGUCAUUGCAAUGUUUAGAAAAAAUGGAGACAUAAUGGAAGAGUGGUGCGCUGCCUUCUACAGCGAUAUACUCUACUAUCUCAGAGAGUGGAACGUUGAACUUCAAGAGUAUGAGGCAGCCAACGCUCAUAAUCCAGAUAGCUAUGAACCCAUUCUCAGAAUCAUUCUAAUCCUUGAAGCACAGGAGAAGUACGGUGAAAUUAUUGAAUACUCAAAACUGUACCAUGAAACUAUCACCAAAGCCGGACGGGCUGCCGGCCAACUUGAGGCGGUUAAGGAGACCUACCAGGUUGCAAUUGAGGCGGCCAAGUCUGGUGAGACAAGGCUCACAACACUUACAGCACUCCGCUACUGGUACCCCCUGUUUCUUUAUUAUGAUUAUCCUCAUCAUAAUGCACAUGAGGAAGCCAUCACGAUCUGGGAGCAAAACAUUGCAUCUAUCCCUCGCAUUUCGAACGAGUUGAUAUCCAACGUGCGUUGGUCAACGGUCGCAAAACUCGCUACCUCCUACAUUCAAGAAGCAAGAGAGGCGGGUCUUGACACCCCCUAUUGCAGAUACAUACCGCAGCAAGUUGAUCUAUCUCUCCACAAGCAGCAGCGCUGGAGCUGUAAUGACUGGCAAGAGUUCAAAAGACUCUGCAUUUGCCUGAGCCACAUUGAAAACGAUGUCAACACACUGGCAGCGUGGUCACUACUCGGGCCAACGAUUGAUAGAGAAGCCACUUCAGAUUGCCAGGAAAUUGGCGAAGAAACUUUUUCAGAAGCCGGAGGAAGCGAAAGUGAAGCCGCUGCUGCCGAAGAGGACGAGAGCUCCGAAGUUCUCUCGCAAACCGAUGCGGGAGACGAAGAAGAAGGUGAAGAUGGACAGUCCGCAAAUGUCAGUGAAACUUCGCCAUCUCCCAGUGAAAAUGGCUACGGUGGAGGGCUGGAUGGGCACCUCGCUUUUAUUUGUGACGGGGGUUGCGGACAUGAAUGGAGCUAUGCAGAUGAUGUCUACCCUUGCAAAGACUUUAUUGAUGUCCAAUUUGAUACUGCGUGCUAUGAGAAACUGACGGCCGGUACCUUGGGGCAGAAGGUAUGCAAUAAAAGCCACGACAUUUUGCACGUUCCUAGAUGGGGUUUUGAGGAGGCGGCAAGUGUUCCUGGGAGCCACGUUCGUGUCGGAGGGGAGACCAUCACAAUCCCGGAUUGGUUGUCUACGAUUCGUAAGAAGUAUGGAUUUGACUAA